GGCGAAACUAGUAUUGUAAAUAUGACAUGACAUGCUAUUAACUCAAAAAUUUUCAUUUCUCUUCUCAAUUCUUAAAUCUAUCAAUGUCAAAUCUUCUUUCUCUCAAGUUCUCAGAUCUCACUCAAAUUCAAUAAAUUCAAUCAAAUCUUACAGAAGGUUAGGGUUUAUAAGCUGAAUUGAAGUUUAUGCGUCAGAUUUUAAUGAUAGCCAAACCAUAAAAAUGGAUUCACAGCCUUCCCAAUCGGGAAGGUCACCACUUGACUCUCCGACCUCCACUUCCACCGCCACCUCCGCCGUAACAACUUCGAUUUCUAGUUAUCGGACAAAUUCUUCGUUAGCUAAAUCAAUCUUAGAUGCAAGCAGCCAAAGUCUUUCCUCAAUUCUCAACAAUCCUCAUGUUGGCAAAUCCGGCGUUUACGGUUCCGAUGCAUCAUCUUGGGUAGGCUGGUGGUCUUCCUCAACUUCAGUUUCUCCACCGGAGUUCACUCCUUUGAUCUCUAACAAGGCCACGCCAGAAUUGAAUAGAUCCGAUUUUCAGAACUACUUGUCGUCUAUUGCUGAGGCAUAUAACAGAUUCGAAGAUAUUAGAAAUCAUAGUUCCAAAGAAGAGAAUCUGGACUUUGAAAGCAAUGGCGGUCAAGGAGAAGCGCUUGUGGCUUGUUUAAGAGAAGUACCAGCACUAUAUUUCAAAGAAGAUUUUGCUUUAGAAGAUGGGCCUACUUUCCGUGCAGCUUGUCCAUUCUCUAAUGUGACGGAAAAUGUGGUUUUGCAAGAGAAGCUGUCUCAGUAUUUGGAUGUGGUGGAAUUACACUUGGUGAAGGAGAUUUCAUUGCGUUCCAAUUCGUUUUUUGAGGCUCAAGGACAGUUGCAGGAUCUUAAUGUGAAGAUUGUGGAGGGGUGUAAUAGGAUUCGGGAGUUGAAAGAAACUAUUAGGCUUUUGGAUAAGGAUUUGGUUGAAUCUGCUAGAAAUAUUCAGGAUUUAAAUGUUACUAGGAGCAAUAUGUUGGCUUUGCAGCGCAAGUUGAGGGUUAUUCUGUAUGUUAACCAAGCUCUUUCUGCUCUCAAAUUGCUUGUUGCAUCUGCAGAUUGUGCUGGAGCUUUGGAUGUUACUGAUGAUUUGCAACAUCUGUUGGAUGGAGAUGAGCUGACUGGUCUACAUUGCUUUCUUCACCUUCGGGAUCAUGUAGCUGCUUCAAUAGAUUCUGUGAACAGCAUCCUCUCAGCAGAAUUUAUGCGUGCUGCAAUUCAUGAUGCUGGUGGUAGAGAUGUGGUUAUCUUAUUGAAAUCUAAAGCCAGGGCUUCCAUUUCUACUAAUGGAAAAGAUGAAGUUAAACUGGAUGAAGAAGAAACCUCUAAUUUCCAUGAGCGUCUCCUCCCUCUCAUCAUUGGGUUGCUUAGAACAGCUAAGCUGCCUAAUGUUUUGAGGAUAUAUCGUGAUACGCUUACUGCGGACAUGAAAACUGCUAUUAAAACUGCAGUAGCAGAGUUGCUUCCCAUUCUUGUGUCUCGGCCUUUGGAGUCAGAUUUCACACCUGGAGAGCGAACGGUUGAUGCAGAUGGUGGAGGUUUAUCUCUUGCAAGCAAGUUAAGGAGUUUGUCAUCUGAAAGCUUUGUGCAACUGUUAGAUGCUAUUUUCAAGAUUGUACAGGCACAUUUGGUGCGGGCUGCUGAAGUGAAAAAGGCAAUUGAGUGGAUUAUGAGCAACUUGGAUGGACACUACGCUGCUGAUUCAGUUGCUGCUGCAAUUGCAGUUGGUGCUGCAGCUGCUGAAACAGCUCCAGAAAUUGACGUUCAGGCCGGUUCAGUUUCCCCAUUUUUGCCUCAAAAAAGUACGGCCAAGGUUUCUCCAUCUCUAGGGAAAGCAAAUGACACAUCAAGCCCCUCAAAUAUGUCCAGAAAUUUCAGGGCUGAUGUAUUACGAGAGAAUGCAGAAGCUGUGUUUGCAGCUUGUGAUGCAGCUCACGGAAGAUGGGCAAAGCUUCUUGGGGUCCGUGCUCUGCUUCAUCCUAAGUUGAGAUUGCAGGAGUUUUUGAGCAUAUACAGCAUUACUCAGGAGUUUAUUACUGCUACUGAGAAGAUAGGUGGAAGAUUGGGCUACAGCAUUCGUGGAACGUUGCAGUCACAGGCCAAAGCAUUUGUUGAUUGCCAGCAUGAGAUGCGAAUGACAAAAAUUAAGGCAGUGCUUGAUCAAGAGACAUGGGUGGAAGUUGAUGUUCCAGAAGAAUUUCAGGCCAUAGUUACAGCCUUGUUUUCUUCUGAGGCAUUGAUAACAGAGGACCUAGAUACUGCUCAAGGUAAGAUGACAACAAGCUUCGGUGAAGUGGUCCCAAGCAAUGAUGGUUCAGGUGUUGCUGAUGCUGAAGUUCAAAAUGCUCAACAGCAACUUGUGAGGAUGGACUCUAGUGAAAUGUCUUUGCAAAAUACUGUGCAAGCGAAAUCUUCUCCUUUAGCUGAAACAACAGAGGUCAAGAAAGCCAAUGUUGCAAUCUCUUCAAUACAGAGCAACAAUACUAAUACAAAGGAUCGUGGAAAACCUGCAUCGCAAACGCUUACUUUUGGAGGUGUUAGUUAUCACAUGGUAAACUGUGGCUUAAUAUUGCUGAAGAUGUUGUCAGAGUACAUUGAUAUGAAUAAUUUUUUGCCAGCACUGUCUUCAGAAGUUGUCCAUCGUGUUGUCGAGCUAUUAAAAUUCUUCAAUACGAGGACUUGUCAACUUGUUCUUGGGGCUGGUGCUAUGCAGGUGUCUGGACUGAAGUCUAUUACUUCUAAACACUUGGCGCUUGCAAGUCAAGUCAUCAGUUUUAUAUAUGCAAUUAUUCCUGAAAUCAGGCGUAUUCUUUUCCUUAAAGUACCUGAGACGAGACAGGCAUUACUGCUUUCUGAGAUUGAUCGUGUAGCACAGGAUUACAAGGUUCACCGAGAUGAAAUACAUACAAAGCUUGUUCAGAUAAUGAGAGAAAGGUUGUUGUUUCAUUUACGUGGAUUGCCUCAAAUUGUUGAGAGCUGGAACAGACCUGAUGAUGCUGACUCACAGCCUAGUAAUUUUGCUCGAUCUCUAACAAAGGAAGUUGGAUACCUACAACGUGUCUUAUCUCGAACUUUGCAUGAGGCAGACGUUCAAGCAAUUUUUAGGCAAGUGGUUGUAAUUUUCCAUUCACAAAUUUCAGAAGCAUUUUCACGGUUUGAGAUCAGCACUCCACAAGCAAAGAAAAGGCUGCAUCUGGAGGUCAAGCACAUUCUUGGAUGCAUUAGGUCAUUGCCUACUGAUAAUUUGACUAAAUCCGGUACCCCUAAUUGGGGACGACUUGACGAAUUCUUGGAACAAAAGUUUGGAACUGAAGCUGGUUAAACAAUUGUUGUCGACUACUGAAUUGAUUGCCCUUCUGAUUAACGCUGUAACAAGAAUUUCAGGGAACCAAAUAGAGAUCUCAGAAUCAGUUCUCAUCCUAUACACUUGUAGAAUAAAUCAAGGUGCUUUUUUUGGUUUUUAGCUAGAUAAUAGAGUACUAUUGUAUCACAUUCGAAUUGUUGCGGCAGGAAAGUGUCUCUCUGAAGCAAAAUUUUUGUAGCAGUCAAACACUUUGAUAUACAAUAUGUUAGUUGAAAAUAGCGGACGGCUCUGGGAUAUUUCUUCCUUGUAUCAUUUUGGGGUGCUUGAUUGCUUCAUAUCUGGAUAAUUGUCUUGUAAUAUCAUCAUUGAUGUUUUUAUUCUUUCAUUUUAAUUCCUUUCAGCCUUUUGAAAGCCUUUUUAACUCUUGUGAAUUUAUACUUAUAUGGCUAUUGUUCAAGAGUGUCAAUAA